AUGGACACCGACCUUCCAGUCCCCCUGUCUCCGGCCUUUCUCAAAGUAACCAGGGUACGUGCUCAAGUCUGCCCCAGGAUAUGCGCCCCCAACUUGCCCCGCAGCGUAAGCCCCAGGCCCCCGGGGCGCUGGGCCACCCGAGCGGCCCGUGCCGCCCUCUGCGCGGUUCCAACAGCUGGCCCCGCCCCCGCCCCGCCCCCGGCCCGCUCCCUGCGCCCCGCCCCGGGCCCGCCGCGCUCUGCCCCUCUCGCCCCUCCGCUGCGUACGACCGCCCCGUCGCUGGGCGGCUCCCGCGGCUCCCGGGGCUCCAGCAGCAGCCCCUCCUGUCUCCAUGGCGACACGGCGUCCCAGGCUCGCAGCUCGGAACCCAGCGCGAGUGGCGAGCGGGGCUGGACCUCCUGGUCCGCCCUUCGCGGGAUCUCCAUGGCAGGGCCAGCGGGUUGGGGCUCUGGAGCCCCACGGCUGCCGAGGCACCGCCCGAGAAGUCUUGGGCCUGAUUUUUGUAUUCCAGAAAUCCCCAGGAACUACCUAGACAAGAAAGAUGCUGUAAAGGCACCAAAAAGCAGACAAAAUGGCACAUUGCUAGUGUUUGAUCCAAAGGAAAAAGUGAUGAUUGACCCAAGCAAACCAAUGUCACAGAAGUGCUGCUUUGGACCAAGACCAAGAUUGACAAGCAAGCUCUAUAGUUCCCCAGCACAGAUCUCCCUGGGUGUAGCUAAUACAUUCUCAGCAAAAAAAGAAGCCUCUUCUAGGAAGAUUGAAGAUAAAGUCUCUCUAAAAUGUACUGAAAACAAACCAUCUUCAAGGAGUGUUGAAAAUAAGGAUGUCUUAACAAAUCGGCAGUCUGACCCGUGGUCAUCUUCCUACCUAAAAGAAAGUUCAGGUGAAGCCGGCAAGGAUUCGGUCCUUGCAAAGCAGGAGAAAGUUAGUGAAUAUUGCCUUCAGGACGUGGAGGAGAAGUUGUCGGAUUCAACAGAUGGCGAUGGUGAAGAGGACACCAAUGACGAAGAUGAGGAAGGCCCCUCUAAAAAGGAGACUCGUGCCCCGCUAGAGUUAAUGGCAGAAUUCCUGAGAGCAGAAAUGGGCCGAGACUACCAGCUGGCAAAGAAGUUAUGUCAGAUGAUCCUAAUCUAUGAACCAGAAAAUCCUGUGGCCAAGGAAUUUUUCUCACUUAUUGAAGAAAUAUUGCUAAAGGAGAAAGCUCAGAAGCGUGAGGAAGACGACGAGGACAGUGAGGAGGACACUAGCAGUGAGAGCGACGCGGAAAGCAGUGAGGAUGGGAGUGACGACAGCUCCGAUGAGUGUGAAGACGGGUCCUGAGGGUCGCUGCCGUGGAGAAUUAUUUUCAAGAGUGUAUGCCAUGCAAAUGCAAAUAUAAAGAAGAGAGCCGCUGCUUAGUGUGACUGUGGUUUCUUCGCUGCAGAGUUCAAGGGAUCUGUGUUCUUAGUUUGGGCUCCUUGCUCAUGUUUAGGCUUAGGCCAAGGCAAGUCACUUAGAGAGGGAAGUAGGGGAGGCCAUACAACGUGCGAGGGACACAGUGAAUGCUCUGCAUGCUUUAUUUACUUUUUUUUUUUUUUGGUUUUUCAAGACAAGGUUUCUCUGUGUAGCUUUGCGCCUUUCCUGGAACUCACUCUGUAGCCCAGGCUGGCCUCGAACUCACAGAGAUCUGCCCGCCUCUGCCUCCUGAGUGCUGGGAUUAAAGGCGUGCUCCACCGCCGCCCGGCUGCUUUAUUUACUCUUAAAACCCUAAGUAGUGUGUUACUGUUCCCAUUUCACAAGGGAGAAAAGUAAGGCAUGGUGAGGGUGGUUUCUCGAAUGUGAGUCACCUAUUUAUAGGGUCUGGAUCUGCCUCUGUGACAUCAUGAUUCAACAACUGUGUUUUCAGUGACUACCACAGGAAGCCUUAAGGCAUGGUGAGGGUGGUUUCUCGAAUGUGAGUCACCUAUUUAUAGGGUCUGGAUCUGCCUCUGUGACAUCAUGAUUCAACAACUGUGUUUUCAGUGACUACCACAGGAAGCCUUUAAAAACCCAUCUGUUUGCGUAGCUCAUCCUCUCCUCCCUGGAAGAGAAACAGGACUUUGGUACUUCUCAUGGUUGUGUCCCGAGCCACUGGUAAGUAGCUGGAAAAUAACAGUGUGUCUGUAUACAAAUACAAUCUCCAAUGAAUAAAUGAAAUGAAAGAUAAAUGCUUGUGUUUUUAUGCAACACUGGAAAAGCUUUUUACUUACGUAUUCUGUAUUUCUGAAGACUUACUUUAGUGUGUGUGUGUGUAUGUUGUAACAAAAAGAGGCCAUGAUUUUGAGAGGGAUCAAGGCAGGUGUGGACCCCAUAAUCUCAUAGGGAGUGGCAUUAUUAGGAGGUGUGACUUUGUUGGAUGGAUACGGCCUUGUUGGAGGAAGUGUGUCACUGUGGGGGUGGGUUUUGAGGUUUCCUAUGCUCAGGAUACUGCCCAGUGUCUCAGUUGACUUCCUGUUGCCUGCAAGGUGUAGGACUCCCAGCUAUUCCUCCAGCACCAUGUCUGCCUGCAUGCCUCCAUGCUCCCUGCCUUGAUGAUAAUGGACUGAACCUCUGAAACAUAAGCGAGCCACCCCAAUUAGAUGCUUUCCUUUAUAAGAAUUUCCAUGGGUCACGGUGUCUCUUCACAGCAAUAGAAACCCUAAGUAAGACAGCAGGGUACAGGGGAGGGAUUGUAGGGAGGAACGGGAAGGGGGAGAGUGAAUUAGUAAUUAUUUUUAUUUUAAAAUUGUUCUAAACUAAAAAUAUAUUUUAAAUUUAUUAUUAUUAUUAUUAUUAUUAUUAUUUUGGUUUUUUUCGAGACAGGGUUUCUCUGUGUUGCUUUGCGCCUUUCCUGGGACUCACUUGGUAGCCCAGGCUGGCCUCGAACUCACAGAGAUCCGCCUGGCUCUGCCUCCCGAGUGCUGGGAUUAAAGGCGUGCGCCACCACCGCCCGGCCUAAAUUUAUUAUUUUUAAAUGGAGGCUGGGGAGAGGGCUUAGCAAUUAAGAGGAAUGGAUGCUCUUCCAGAGGAACCAGGCUUAGUGCCCCGCACCCGCACUGUAGCUUACAACUGUAACUGCAGUUUCCUGGGAUCUGUGCUGGCUAAUUUUAUGUCAACUUGACACCAGCUGUACUCAUCUAAAGGAAUGAAACCUCAACUGGAAAAUUGUCUCCACAAGAUUGGGCUGUAGGCAGGCCUGUAGGGCAUUUUCUUCUUUAGUGAUGUGGAAGGCCCAGCCCAUUGUGGGUGGAGACACCCCUGGGCUUGUGGCCCUGGGUACUAUACACUGAGAAAACCAUAGCAAGCCAAUUAGCUGCACUCCUCGGGUGGCCUCUGCAUCAGCUACUACCUCCAGCUGACUUUCUUCGAUUAUGAACUGUGAUAUGGACAUGUAAGAAAAUAAACCUGCCGGCGGUGGUGGUGGCACACGCCGGUAGGAUUUGCUGAAGGAGGCGGAGACAGGAGGAUUACGAGUUCGAGGCCAACCAGGGCUACACAUUAAAAAAAAAAGAAAAGAAAAGAAACCCUUUCCUCUCCAAGUUGCUUUUGGUCAUGGUGUUUCAUCACAAUAGUAACCCUAACUAAGAUGGUAUCUGGCUUCUGCAGGCACCAGGCAUCCACAUGGUGCAGAUAUAUAUGCAGGCAAAAUGCUCAUAAAUCUUUAAAAAUUUAAAAAACGAAAGCCCACUGGGUAUUAGCUGGCAUUGUGGUACACACCCAUAAUCCCAGUACUCGGGACGUAAAGGCAGGAGGAUAAGGAGUUUGAGGAUAGCCUCAACUACAUGAGACCCUAUCAAAAAAAUAAAAUGCUUAGAAAUAAACAUAGACAAGGAAGUGAAAGACCUCUGCAAUGAAAACCGAAUAAAUACACACAGGCACAUGUAAUUACAGGCAUGAGCCACCGCACCUAUUUUAUUUAGUUCAAGUAUAUAUUUUAUUAUUAUUAUUAUUAUUAUUAUUAUUAUCAUCAUCAUCAUCAUCAUCAUCAUCAUCAUUAUUGGGUUUUCGGGACAGGGUUUCUCUAUGUAGCUUUGCUCCUUUAGCUUUGCUCCUUUCCUGGAACUCACUCUGUAGUCCAGGUUGGCCUCGAACUCACAGAGAUCUGCUUGGCUCUGCCUCCCGAGUGUUGGCUCUGCCUCCCAGUGCUGGGAUUAAAGGCGUGGGCCACCACUGCCCAGCUCAAGUAUAUAUUUUGUUAACUUUCAUGGGCUCCUUACCAUAACCCUUGUAACUACAUUGUAUCAAAGUUUUGGGCCUCAGGUCCCUCAGUGCAUCUUUGUAAUAAAAAUUAUUCUAAGCCAGCCCGGUCUGCAAAGCCAGUUUUAGGAUAGCCAAGGCUGUUAGAGAAACCCUGUCUCAAAAAACCAAACACCAAAACCAAAAACAGCAAAAACUUUAAAUGUCUUGGCAAGAAACAGAUCACUUGGAAAUGACCAUUAACUUGCCUACUACUCCACAGUGUGCUCAAAGGAGAGUCCUGCCCAUCACACAUCAGAGGGACCAAAAUCAAUUUCUUCCUACUGGUGUCGGGCAAGUUUAGCCAAAGGUGGGCCAGAGUAAACCCGCUGACCACCUCCCCAAAGUGUUUGUCUUAACUCAAAACCUGCCAGUGAAAGAAGAGAGGAGACAGUAAGAUCAAAUAUUACAGCUGGUGGGGUUGGGGGCCCAGGCCUUUGAUCCCAGCACUCAGGAGCCAGAGGCAGGCAGAUCUCUGAGUUCAAGGCCAGCCUGGGCUACAGGGCGAGUUACAGGACAGCCAGGGCUACAUAGAGAAACCCUGCCUCAAAAAAAGAGAGAGAGAGAGAGAGAGAGAGAGAGAGAGAGAACAAAGUCACUAGGUGAAAUUAAGAGAACACAGAGAUUUGUCUCAGACUAAAACUUGCUAGCCUUGCUCCCUAGCACCUGCUAAGGCAGUGCUUGUAUAUUGUUUCAAUCCACUAUGCCACGUACAUCCUUCAAGAAGGCUUCUGUCUGGCGAAGGAGGACAGCUCUUCACUCUCCCUCCCUCUGCUUUCUCAUCUGGAUCUAGAGGCACAAAAAAACCUAAGCUGGCCCAACAGAGAUCAGCCAUGCUCACUCGGCAGUUUCCGGGUGUCUUCCCUCCCUGCUCAAAACCCCAGACGUCCACCAGGAGAUGUUUGGAAUGUGUCUAUUCAGCUGUACAAAACAAAACCAACAAAACUUGAGUGGUUCCAGUGAUGAAGGAACAUCCUGUGCUGCGGCACAGUGGUAAGAGAGUGACAACUUGGUGUUUGUGUAUAUGUGGUGGUGGGGGGGGGGGGGGUGCAUGAGUGUGUGUAGGCCAGAGGUUGACACUAGGUGCCUUCCGAUAGUGCUUUCCACCUUGUUCUUUGAGAGCUCACUGAGCCCAGUGGUCUCCAGUUGGUUAGACUGACCAGUGAGGUCCAGAAAUGAGCGAGCGGUAAGGUUACGGGUGCACACUGCCGUAGCCGGCUUUUUGGGUGGAGUUUAGGGAUCUGAACUCGUGAUCUCAAGGGCCUUAUGAUCUCAUGGCAGGCAUGUUACCAGCUCAGCUGUCUCUCCAGCCCCAGAACUUACCUUAGUGGGGAGAAUCAAUAUUAAAUAAGGUAAGUAAACCAUUUGGAAGUGAUAGAAGUGUUGGGGAAAGAGUGUCCUAGAGAAUCACUCUGUUAAAGGAUGAAGGAAGGCCUCACUGAGAAAUGAACGUUAGCGCAAAGACUGGAGUGUAGAUGGACAAACCAUGCACACCCAGGGGAAGAAUCCUCAGACAGGUGAUAGUUACAAAGCCCCCUGAGAUGGGAGGAUGCCUAAAAUAUUCAGGAAAACAGCGAAAAGAGCAGGGUGGCUGGGCAGAGUGAUAAUGAAACAGCAUGGGCAAGUUAAACGUCCAGAACACUGGGGUCCGAGUAGUCAUGUAACAGGGCCCCAGACCUUAGCAUGACUCCAUGACUGACGGACUGUUCAGGCCUAGGAACCCAGCACGUAGACAGCACUGCAUGCCAAAAAUGAGAACAAAGAUCUAAUCCAUCGAAGUCCACAGUUCUGGGAAAGUCUCCAAUAUACUAACCUUGUUUUUUAACUUCUGUAGUUCUGCUUCUGGCUAACUGUUCUUGCUAACUGAAGUGUGUUAACUCCGGAUGUGGUUUUUUGAUGAAGAGCUCACCCUGAGAAAGGCCUGGGACUAUACUCUGGUCCCAAACAUCCAGUGUAGUCAGUCAUCAUCUAAUAAAGACCAUCCAUUGGCUUGAACUGGUCUUUGGUGGAUACCUCAUAACAGGAACACUGCGGACACCUGGGCUCCGAAUGUGACAGCAGCAGUAGAGACCUGUGCCUUGACCGUAGGCAUGGACUCCAGAGAGCCUUGUGUAGAGGAAAUCCACCAUGGAACCCAAUGUUUCACACCAUUGGAAGGAGAAUGGGGGUAGUGGGAGCAGAAGCCGAGGUGCGGAUGAAGUUUUUGAAAGUAGACCCAACAAUUUACCAAGAUUGAAAGGGCAGAGCCAGGGAUAACUCCAAGAUACUUGCUUAAGCCAGCUGGAAGGGUUGAGAUGUCUCAGCUAGUCACUUACUGAGGUGGAAAAGGUCAUAAUAGGAACACGUUUGGGGGAAGACUUGAGAGUUGAAUUUGGGAUACUUUAGAGUGCAUACUAUUAACAAUCUAAGUGAAGAACUCCAUAAACUACAUGAACCUGUAAUGUUGGAUGAGAUAUGAAUACUCAAAUAAAAAUGGCAUUUAAAGUCACAUGACUACAUCACGGAGAGAAGGAAGAUAGAAAAAGAUUCAAAUUGCAAACCCCAUAGAAACCCAUCAUGGGGCUCCCUUCCCCUCCCAGGUGAGUCCGAAUCCCCCAUCAGAACAUUGUCUUCUCCAGAAAUUAAACCUCUGUGAGUCCGACGACCUUUACAUCACUAAGAGGAGGAGCCCAGGCCCAUCCCUGAAUGAUCAGCCGCUCUGCUGAACAGAGAGCAACAAAAUGAAUGGCUGAUGGGCAUAACUAGCGAAUUCAAUGGGCGGGAGGAGGGGUGGCGGGGACUGAUGUGCGUCAGCCCGCUGUUGAACCAAGAUGGAGGAGCAGCAACAGCCUGAUGGAAUGCUACCAACAGGCACCACUGAACUGACGGAAGGGGUGUGCCGACUUCAGCCGAGCCAAGCCCACGCAGCUGGUGCUAGACUCCAUUUUACUGAUGAGACCAUUUACAGCAAUUAAAUGACAGCUGAGAAGUGAAAUGAAGAUGCAAAGUCAGAGGCGAUGAGAUGGCCCAGGAGGUAAAGAUGCUCACCACCAAGGCUGAAGACCUGAGUUCAAGCCACAGGACCCACAGUGAUGAAGGAGGGAACCCAAGCAUCAAAAUUUGGCCUCUUGGCCAGGGGUGGUGGCGCACACCUUUAAUCCCAGCACUCAGGAGGCAGAGGCAGGAGGAUCUCUGUGAAAGGCUAGCCUGGUCUACAUAGAGAGUUUGAGGACAGCCAGGUCUGUAUAGAGAGACCCUGUCCCAAAGAAAAAAUUGUCCUCUGUCACCUGACCGUUAUGUGUGUACUGUAACGUGGGCAUCCUCUGGUACACACACACACACACACACACACACACACACACAUACACACACACACACACACACACACACACACACACACACAC